AUGGAUCGCUCUACAACGUCAACCGACCGAAAAGGCUCUGUACACCAUGAUACCCAUGCAACACCCCCAGAGUUCAUCCAGAAAGAACACUGGCGGUACCAGAGCAUGCGAAAAGCCGAUCUUGAAAACGAUCCAAAUAUCUUCGACCUGAAUAAACGAGAUGCGUUCACCGAUGAGCAAAAAGACCUGUGGAGACCGGCUGGUGUCAUACCAGCCGCACAAAUUGAGUCUGCAUGCCAAGCAUAUGCCGGAGGAGUACCACUUUCGACACCAGUACAUGACGCGCAAAUCUGGGAGAAUAAGGAGUUUCCUGGCCUACAGGUCAUUCCUCGAUUGCUACCGCCAGAAACGCAAGUGCUGUUUACUUCUUGCCUGAUGCACAGAGAUCUGGCCGAUCCAAGCCACAAGAUCAAUAUGCAGGCAGAUUAUAAUGUGCCUUACCCAUCAAGGCCGACAACAGAGGCCCUUCGGUUUGAUAGCAGCUUCUUCCUUCGUGAUAGAGCUGCGCCGGAGGACUGUCUCGUUCCCAAAGUGCUUGAAAAGCAAAAAACUCUCAACAACGAACAGUUUCUGUACACGAAGCUGCGAUGGCUUACACUCGGCGAACAGUAUGACUGGCCAACGCGCAGCUAUGAAAAACAUGCGACUCCUUUUCCCUCGGAUCUAUCGAUACUGGUAACUGGUCUCUUCCCACACAUUCGGCCUGAAUCUGGGGUGGUAUUGAUGUACUCGGCCAAGGACUUCAUGCCUGUUCAUCGUGACGUUAGCGAGAUGUGUCAAACAAGCCUGGCUAGUUUCAGUGUUGGUUGUGAUGGCAUCUUCAUCAUGGCGCGGGGAGAAGACGACGGCACUGGUGAUGAUGCGCCAAGAACGGUGGCCAUCCGAGUGCACAGCGGAGACGUCGUGCAUCUCUCGGGGCAGGCGAGAUGGGCAUGGCAUGCCAUGGCAAGAACCAUUCCCAGUACGUGCCCAUCGCAUCUCGCAGACUGGCCGGUCGGGACACCAGGGGCCACUCCUGCCGAAGAGAGAUCAUACAAAAAGUGGAAGGGUUAUAUGGGCACGAAGCGUAUCAAUCCAUCGCAACGGGCCGCUCGGGACAACCAGCUGGUCGGAGGCGAGCUCCACACAUGUAUCAUCAGAUUGGAGACUUUUGCUUCGGACUUCUGGAACGGCCAGGGCCUCUAA